AUGUGUACGCGAGAAAGCAAGGCUACGUUGCGGAGGAAGCGCAACAUCUUCAGUGGGAAAGAAAAUGUCGCGAAGCUCCAAUUAUACGUCCAAGAUCUUCGGGUUGGAAACCCUCACGCCACUGUGUUCGAGGUGGCGAAAUCCUCGAUCACCGAUGCGUCUGCGUACGGCUUCGGCAGCAUCCACGUUCUCGACGACCUGAUCACGGAGGAGCCAGACAUCAACUCCCGGCCACUCGGCCGCGUCCAAGGGCUCACCACCAACGCCGACCUAUCGACGUACGGCGUCCACUUGAACCUCAACUUCUACUUCACGGUGGGGAAGUUGGCCGGCAGCACGCUUAGCAUCCUCGGCCGGAACCAGAUCUUGGACCUCUUCUUUUAA